AUGGACCCAUUUGCUGGAAACGCUGACCCAUCACGGACGCAGGGCACCCUUGGCCCUCCCCGCCACCCAACCCUGGAAGGACAGGACAGGCGGGUCACUGGGCUCACGCAAGAUGCAGAGGCUGUGCCCUACCGCAGGCCCCAGGGAUCACCUCCGCUGCCCACGCUGGCUCCCCACACACAACCCCCUGGGCCACUCCGGGACCACUCGGCACAAGCUAGGGCCACCAACCAGGUCAUGACCAGACAAAGAGACUGGCCCAGAAACCACUUACAGCUGCAGACCUGGCAGAAGGCCGAGUUCCAGAACACGGAGUCUCAGUUGUCCCAGCCUUUUGAGUCCCUCAAGAUCGCUGCGCCUCCCGAUACCGCCGCCGUGCCUGCCAAGCCUGCGCCCCCAGCUACACCCGGAGCUCCGACCUCCCCAGCAGAACACCGCCUGUUGAAGACCUGCUGGAGCUGUCACGUGCUUUCUGGGUUGCGGCUGAUGGGGGCGGGCGGGUAUGUGUACUGGGUGGCACGGAAGCCCAUGAAGAUGGGAUACCCCCCGGGUCCAUGGACCAUUAUGAAGAUGGUCAUGGGCCUCAGCAUUGCCGCCUGGGGUAUCAUUGUCAUGGCAGACCCCAAAGGGAAGGCCUACCACAUUGUUUGA